AUGGGGCUGGAUCUGGACGCGUGGAUAGAGAAGGUGAAGCGAUGCGAGUACCUCAUGGAGGACGAGCUCAAGCAGCUCUGCGAAUACGUGAAGGAGAUUCUGGUGGAGGAGUCGAACGUGCAGGCGGUGAACAGCCCCGUGACGGUGUGCGGCGACAUCCACGGCCAGUUCCACGACCUCAUGAAGCUCUUCGACACCGGCGGCCCCGUACCCUCCACCAACUACAUCUUCAUGGGCGACUUUGUGGAUCGCGGGUACAACAGCCUCGAGGUCUUCACCGUCCUCAUGCUGCUCAAGGCCAGGUACCCAGCACACAUGACGCUGCUACGAGGCAACCAUGAGAGCCGCCAAAUCACACAGGUGUACGGGUUCUACGACGAGUGCCAGCGCAAGUACGGCAACGCCAACGCGUGGCGCUACUGCACGGAUGUCUUUGACUUUCUCGGCAUCUCCGCCAUCAUCGACGGCCGCGUGCUGUGUGUGCACGGGGGCCUCUCACCAGACGUCCGAACACUGGACCAGAUCCGGGUGGUGGAGCGGCAGUGCGAGAUUCCACAUGAGGGCCCCUUCUGCGAUCUGAUGUGGAGCGAUCCAGAGGACAUAGAGACGUGGGCCGUCAGCCCCCGAGGAGCGGGAUGGCUCUUCGGAGCCCGAGUCACCACCGAGUUCAAUCAGAUCAACGGGUUGGAGCUGGUGUGUAGAGCGCACCAGCUGGUGCAGGAGGGGCUCAAGUACAUGUUUCCUGACAGAAGCCUUGUCACGGUGUGGUCAGCGCCCAACUACUGCUAUCGCUGUGGCAACGUCGCCUCCAUCCUCAGUUUCGAUGAGCACAUGGAGCGGGAUGUGAACCCUGCUUUCUCUCAUCCAACCACUCUAAGUUGUGUGCGCAGCUUAGUCUGA